AUGAAAUUACACUCAGUUUCAUCUUCUUCACCUUCACCUUCAUCUUCCCACAAUUCAUCUCUCAAAUCAUCAUCAUCACCUCUUGCAAGAUUACGUCGUACACUAUCUCCAAGCAGCUGGAAAUCCCUCGAUAUUUAUAACAUUUCUGUUCCAGCUACCACAAAAACUAACAACUACUACUCCACCGGCGACCACCUCCAAAUGGUCUUUGACUGCUUUGACGAGGAUGGAGACGGAAAGAUAUCUGCUGCUGAGUUGCGAAGCUGUAUUACCAGUGUUGGAGGCCAGCUUUCCAUCGAGGAAGCUGAGGCAGCCGUCAGCUCCUCUGACGUGGAUGGAGAUGGGCUGUUGGGAUUCCAGGAUUUCCAAAGCUUAAUGGCUGGCAGUAGUGCUUCGGAGGAGGAAAAGGCGGAGGAGCUCAAACAGGCUUUUGGAAGGUACGAGACAGAGCCUGGCUCUGGCUGCAUAACUCCUAAUAGCUUGAAGAGGAUGUUAAGUCGAUUGGGUGAGUCCAGGUCCAUUAACGACUGUAAGGCUAUGAUCCGUACCUUUGAUCUCAAUGGAGAUGGUGUCCUUAGCUUCCACGAGUUUGCUGUCAUGAUGCACUAG